AAGCCGCCCUCACCUCGACACCACCAUGUUUCGUAAACUGUUCGGUAAAAGAGGAAAAGGAAACAUUUCCCUGCCCAUAGAAACACCAAACCCAGGAAUCCAGACAGGGACCAUUGACAUGCCAUCUACUAAAACGUUCGAAGUUUUAAGACCUGUUUUGCUUGCAGCAACUUUUACUGGCUACACGCAUCAUUGUUACCGUAUUCAGGGUGUCUUUGGCGGUAUUUUGUGGCUUGGAAUGCUAUCCGUUCAUGGAGCAUUAGAUUUCUUAGCAGCGAGGCAGAAGUACACUUAUGGAUGGGCAUCAGUAUCGAUAAGUCUCGUGAUUGUGUGCCUCGUGUGCACGAUUUUCUCUAAUAGAAGAAUUUUACCUUGGCUUGAAAAGGGACUGCUGAUUCUGGAAGAAAACAAGAAGUAUCCAAAGACGUUGGCUAGAUUUGCAAAGGUUUUUAAGGUUAGACUAAAUAUCAAGUAAGAAGCAAAUAAAGUGGCUUUUGGCGCCAACCUUUCGCAAUGCAAAACUUUAAAGAGGUGAAUGCUGCUCCUAAAAUUGCUUAUUCGGCAGAGUGAACGAGAGUGGGAUAGUCACGCGGAAGUUUCAAACAACGCGAAGUCAUUUUGUCAAGUGACGUUUUCACCGCCAUCGCCUUCGUGGUAUCUUUAUUUGCUGCGACGGGGUUGGGGGUGGGGAAUAGUAGCGCUUGGAAUUGACUAAGGCUAUGCUCACCCUCUACCGCAUAGAGCGUCUGUGUUCACGCGUGAGCACUGUGAUUUCGGCGCGAUUUCUGCAACGGGGCAGCCGAUCUCGAAAGUGGAACGACACAUAUCGGAUCGGUUCCGUGCCACACAUUUUUGUGUAGUGUGAACAGGUAUUCAGACCGAAGCGGAAGUGGAUACGUAGAACCCACUGAGACGGAAGUAAAUAUUUAGGAGUGGGGAUUGGGAUUUGGAGAACCAAUCCCUCUCGGCCAACCGCUCCGGCUCGAUCUUCGAUGUGUGCGAACGACUUGUUCCAGUCGGCACGAAAAGUUACCCGGUAUGGUGUGAACAUAGCGUAAGAUUUAAGGUGAUGUUACACGAGACGAUUUGCAACGACGACUUUUAGCGCAACGCAGCGUUGCAAUAUUGUUGCGACAUUGUUUCGAAUAGUUACAACAUUGUUCCAACGUUGCAACGUUGUGUUGCGCUAAAAAUCGUCGUUGCGAAUCGUCCCGUAACAUCACCUUUAUAGCACUCUUCCUUUUUCUCUCUUCAGUGGUUACCAAUAUUCGCCGUUAUAUUUGGACUUGUCUGUGGCUCAGGUAUCUAUGUCUGCCUGUACGUUGAUGAGACACUGGACCUCAAGAUCGACCUGAGCAGGAAAGAUUCCGAGAUCCCAGAUUACGCUCUUAUCAUACUCAAAGUGGUGCGAUAUUUAGCAGGCUGUUAUGUUAUGUCUGCCUUUGGACUGUUUUGGAGCUUCACCGUUUGUGUGAUGCAUAUGACGGGAUUUUCUAUGAUCGAGUUUCACGGUAUGUAAGCUUGCUAUAGUGCUAAGACUGAAAUACCGUUGAUACCGACACAAGGUUUACCCCAUGGUUGCAGGGGCGGAUCCACGAUUUUUUUUAGGAGGGGGUGCACUCGUCUCUUGCUCUACUUCAACACCAAAAAACCACGUAGUUUUUUUUCGCAGAAUACCAGUUGUAUCACAAAACCGCAGGUCAUCUCGGGGGGGGGGGGGGGGGGGGGGGUGGUCGUGUGUUGUGGGGGUGUGGUUUGUCUGGGUGCGCGUCCCCUCGUCCUCACUAUAACACACAACAACACUGCGUCUCUGAGUUGUUGCGAGACCGAGAGGGGAGGUGGGGGGGGGGGGGGGGGGGGGGGGGGGGGGGGGGGGGGGGGGGGGGGGGUUCGCACCCCCUGCACCCUCCCCCUAGAUCCGCCCCUGGGUUGAUGGGUGUGUUUAUCAUUGGUUAGCACCUUUAGUGUUUCUAGUAUGUAAGAGCAGUUGAGAUGGUGGAAUCCGCUUAGAGCGACAGCAAAUUGUCUUAAUCUAUAGAAUAACUGCCAGAUAAAGUUCUUAUUGACAAAUUGUCCAAUUAUUGACAGUAUUCCUUGCCUAUUCUUCAGCUGAGAUAAGAUCACACCUGGUCAACAGAGACUCACUUAUCACAUUUAGACAAGCGGUGGUGUCAUUCGCAGAGAGAGGAAAGUUUGUGAGAAAGUCAGCGUCAGUAUGCAGGGUAAGAUGUCACGUUACAGUUAGUUUACAGAUAGACUGAUCGAAUCACGUGACAGAUGACUAAAAUGGUUGUUAGAGGGCUCACUGACUGACUAACUGACUGGCUUGCUGGCUGGCUGACUAGCUGACUGACUGACUAAUUGAAUCACUAACUGGCUGGCUGACUGACUGACUGACUGACUGACUAACUGGCUCACCGACUAGCCAGCUCACUGACCGACCUACCAAACGACUGACUGACCGGUUGGCUGGGAGUACCAUAAGAUUUCAAAUACAAAAAUUAUUUCCAAGUGCUAAAAUGAGCAUGUGUAGCAAAAGUUAAGACUUAUGAUUUUUAUUAUAUACAAGUGUAUUUCUUGUCGUCCGUACUCUGAUCUCUAGAUCGAUGUCAUCGCUCCUUUCAGGUAUCACUUGCAGUCCUGUUGGUUUACAGUAUCGCCUCGCUGGCAGUCAACGCAUUUCUGUUUUUAUACAAGACCAGGAUGAGCGUGUUUGCCAUUUACGCGUUACUCCCCAGUAUCUCAGCGAUCUACCCAUUAUGCAUGGCUGCCUGGGUCACAAAGCAAUAUUCCUGGUAUGUGAAAAAUAAAUCAUAUCUUCAAGAAACGAUUCUGAAAGGCGAGCUGAUCAUGUUAAAAAAGUCUAGUCAAGUCCAGUCUAAGCUCGGAAAUUCUUCUUUAUUCUUGGUUUGCAACCAGGUGACAAGGCCGCCAUGUUUGGGAUCAAUACAAUAGAAUUUUUUCUCGAAGAAUUUACAUGAAAAUAGAGUUUAGUUCCCAGAGGAGAGAAAUGCUUUUGUUCUUGACUACCAACAUGGCCGCCGUGACGUCACGUGCAAACCAGCAAUAUUUAUUACCUAACAAUGUAUUUUGAUACCCCGGGUACCAGAGACUUUUAAUGCGCAGUUUUCGGCCUCGGUCAAGUCUUUAUAGUGACGCGCGCGAAAAGUUUUUUUUCUCACAGCUUCGCCGGCCGAAGAUCUGUCGCCCUGCGGCCGACAACGAAGCAUCCAGCCGUUCGCGAGAUGAAAACCUCUAUUACCCAGGGCAGUAUUUUAAGGAAAAGUGGGUUAGAAAGGGUAUAUAUACUUAGUAUAUACAUUAUAUUUGUUCCUCUGGGGUCUCUAGACAGCAUGUUAAUCGGUAGGGCGCUACUAUAUGAAGACUGCGUAGGUAGUAGGUAGAGUUAAUCAGUGUGAGCUAGAAGUCCCGGGUUCGAUCACGCGCGGUGCCAGACCAGUAUUAAAGGCUUUUAAUAUAACUGAGAAAUGAAGUUACUCCCUUUGCCCCGCAAAGGGUUAGAUCCUCUCUUGGUUAGGAUGACCACAGGGAACCCAUGCUAACAAUAGCCUCCUCGAACCCAAAUUAUAAGGAUUUUUACGGGAAUUUAUCGUAAGUUCAAUAAAACGGUUAAAAUGCACAUAAACAGCCAUUCAAGUGUGCAUACCUCUUAAAGAGAUUUCUUUGUGUUGUUUUCUGACUGUUUCCUGCCCUAUGAUCGUCUUUGGCUUCGAGGAGGCUGUUAUGAGCCUGAAAAACCUGUGGGAUGACCACGUAGAAAUGGCGAUUCUCUCUCCAGUAGGAGAUGUCAAACUGUGUCCUCAGUUGCUACCUUUGUGUUCAAUACAUUGGCACUUCAAAAAGUACGUUUUUAAUGUUACAAAUUCCAUUUUGCUCAAUAACCUGUCCUCUAGGUACCUGGCGGUGGUAGUAAAAGCCUGGGCCGAAAGACCCGAGAGCAGCUCCGAAGAAGAGGAGGCUGAGUCGGAGAGGCAUCGGAAAAACGAGAAACAAACGAAUACCAAACGUGGACGAAGUCUAUGGAGACGAGUUAGCAGCGCAAAGAAAAACGCUCGUAAAGCCAACCACCUUCCGAUACAGAAAGCAAAUUCUGCUCCCCUGACAUCACAGUCAGACAGUGAAGCCAAGUCCGGGGUCGAAGACGUACCGAACAUCCGAAGUUACGCCGGCCAGACCCACCUUAGUCCGAAACAUUUAAGCGAUCCAGAGAAUUCGGGCGAUGACGCGAAGCCGCACCAACACGAACCAAACAGCGUGGAAGUGUCUGAAGACGAGAAUAUUGAAGAAAAGGAACAGCGCCCGAAGAGAUCACGACGAGAGGUCAUGGAUCUCGUUCUUCGUGGUGCUGCUAGGGCCGUUGGAAAGAUGAAGCACAACGCAAAGAAACCCAAGUUUAACUUUGAAAAGUAUAUAUCCUACCUACAGAACGUUCUUCCAAACAUUGGGUUUGACAUAAUGGGAAUUAUAGUCACGUGGAAUAUGGUAUCGGCUAUUAUUUUUCUGGAGGUUUCCGUUUUGGCCCUUUUUGUGCAAGAGUCAAUAUUUGGAAACUCCCAAGCGACAGUCACCUUGUGACGUGUAACUAAACAAACCCCCAAGGAAGCCAUGGUUGCGAACACUUGAUAGUAGUUUGCUGCUUUGUUUCAACGAAAGAACAAAGGGUCACAACGUUACCGGUGCUGAAUUUUUUAUCGUCAAAUAGACCUGAUUUAAGCGAACACCCAUGACACUAAUGUCUGUUUUAUAGCGGAGUUCCACGCGCGCGCGAGCGGAGCCCUAUACCUAAGAAAAUUUGGUAAUCUGUCCAUCCGAGAAAUUUUGGUAAUCACAUGACCGUCGGUCCGUCCGUCUGCACCACAGGGAAACCAAUGUAAAAUGUUAAACUUUCUACGGUAGCUAGUGUGGAUGACUGUAACCCGUGUUUAACUUGAUAAUGGACAUCCAUAUUUUGGUCAAUAGAGAGGAGAAGUGUGACGUCACGUAACCAUGGUAGCACUAUUUCUGGAUUACAACAAAACCAACAACGACGGCGACGGCAAGGUGAAGGGCAAAAAAUAAUACGUUCUGGGGAUAUUAACAAACAACAACUUUGUACUUGCAUCACGCUAUUUUGUACUUUUUGUUUGCUGUCGUUGCACCACUACGACAUGAAACUUCCUAAUUCCACGAGCCCGCUUUAUGGGAUAGGUGAACACAACACAAAAAUUGUCGCUUUCUUUUUCUAAACUUAUAUAACGAUAGAUAACACGGGUGUAACCAGCCCAUAGACCCGUAGGCCCGAACCUAUUUAUAUGCGUGUUGCAUAUGUUUUUGAUUGGCGUUUUUCAGAAGGAACAAUUCAACCGAUUUCUAUGAGUUUUGGUAUCCUUAAAAAAAUGUUAUUUAUUUUCUUGUAGGUAUAAAAACCUCUGAGAUCUCGACAUAUUUUUAAAACCGCAUUUUUACGAAAAAUGUAAAUAACUUCGAAAUCCCACGACAUAUUUUUCCCUAACUUCAGCAAAUAAGCCUCAGAGCUCUCUAGUUUUAUAUUUGAAUGUUCGAAGUCAAUCGUGACUGCAACUUUCACAAAUGUGUUUUAUAACAUAACAAAAGUAAAUCGCGCGCUCUGAUUGGUCAGUUAGCCACUACCAUUUGCCCGUGGGUGCACGCCAAGGAACUGAGCUAGCGCGGUAAAAUUUAGGCAAAUUCAACAAAUCUCCUCUCCUGACGGUAAAAUACACCAAUGGAAUGCACAGAUAAAAAGUGGAAGUUGAAGAAAAUACUAAGCUGUCGUUUUGAAGGAAAAAAGACAAAAGAUCAAGCGACAAAUUUGCCCUGGAUGAAUGAAUCACUGUUUUCCUCGCGGCUAGAGCCUAGAAUCGGCUGAAGGAAAAUCGAGCGAGCGAAGAUUUAAGGUACAUUUUGUGUGUUUUUUAUAGAAGAGAAAGUCUGUUUGAAAUGUAAAUUUAUCAAUUAGCAUUGUGUUAUUGACUUUUUGGUCAAGCUGAUGCUAAAUUCAAGCAAAUAUUUUAGGAAACACGCUCAAAUUCGAGCCAGCUUUGUUGUGAAGUUUUCAUCGCAUCGAUUAAAAAUUUUAGUUGAGUUUAAACGGGCACAUAACGCUGGAAUAAGCGAAUUUCAUUUGAGUACAGAAACAUUCUGGUUUUCAAAUAAAUUUUUCAAAAAAUAACUUCUGUGUGUAUUAUUUUGUUCCUCAGUGUUCAUUCAUAACAGUCGUUCAGAGAACGGUCGAAAAACAAAAGCUUCAGCGCCGGCUGUUUGUCAGCGAAUUUCAGUUGCAACUUUGACUUUCAUAGCUGUUUAUAGCUGGAUUUCCCCAGACAGAUUUCGAUACAAAGCUGGUGAAUUUCUUUUUAAAAUCAGUGUUACCUGUUAUUCUAAAGGAAUUACAGUCAAAUUUUCUCAUUUCUACUUUACGUUUAUUUCAAAAAUUGUCACAUAAAUAAGCUGGAUAAUUAUUUGGUGUUUAUAGUUGCAGCUAUAGUUUUCCCUCAAAGGUUUUACCCUAAUAUUAAGAGCAAGUAGGCAGAUGCCAUGAGAAUAACGACAAAAAACGUUUUGCAAUUUACCUGAAGAUGGAGAACGGUUGAUUCAGCGAAAGAAAAACUCAAAGGCAAGUUUUUGAAAAACAUAGAACAUGAUUUGUUUACGCGCGGGCAGAUGGUAGCAUACAUGAACUCGGACCGACGACUCAACCGAAGGCAAAUGGAAAAUAAUGUUUUUCUGUUUUGAUUAUGUUAUAAAAGAAAUGGUAAACGUUGCAGCUGUGCAACCAUGGAGUUAUAGAUGCACUUGGGAGGUUUGCUAAGCACUCAAGAAGCUAGAGUAGCACUCGGCUAUCGCCUCGUGCGACUCUUACGCUUCUUUCGUGCUUAGAAACCUCCCGCGUGCAUCCAUAACUCCAUGGUUGCACGCUGCACGUUUACCAUUUCUUAAAGCGUUAGCGCAUGUGUUAAAUUUGACCAGCAUUUUGUGCAGCGAGUUCUACUGUGGUGAGGUUUGAAAUAGACUUUUAAGUGACUUUUUCGGUUUGUUGUUAUUCAAAAAUGUUUCUACCAUGGCAACGUGACGUAACGACUUCUCCUCUCUAUUAAAGCUGUCAAAAAGGUAUCCGCUGACCAGAGACACAUGACCGUAUCGCGGUCUCAGAUAUGUCGCUUGUUCUUUGAAGUUUUCCGUUGACCAGUCAUUAGCUUUUAAUUGACCGCAGGCUCAAGUUUAUGUUUUUCAGUCAUAUGGUUCGCCCUAAAGUUAAGUACUUGUGUAGAUUUAUGAUUUCUUCGCAAUGGUUUAAAGUCCAUUGUCUGUAGUAAAUUUAAAACGCAUGAACGGGAGCUUCGAUUUUAGCUCUGGCUAAAUCUAAAUAUCAGAAAUAUGUUGGACUUAAUGACACUUGUCGGUGUUCGCGAAAAUUGGUUUCUAGUGCUCAUACAUGAUUCUCGGCUGUAUAGUUAAAAUUUGCUAUCCUGUUCGUAGAAAUGAACUGGGGCACGUUUUCUCAGGUUAAAAAGGAGGUUGGCUUGUAAUAUUUCAAAUCUACGUAGUUAAAGGAAGAGACGACUAUUUAAGGACGACGCUUAUUGAUUUUUACGGUUUGUGAUAAUUAAAGGGGCGGGAAUAUUCUACUAUUAUAUUCUCUUUCUUUUGGACUGUGUUAGGAAGGUUUGAAAGGUAUUCAGCCACGGGGAGCGAUGAAAGGCAGCUGUAUUGGCAUGCUGUAAACUGUAGCAAAGUUAAAAUCUUUAUUGACCAAAUAAUCACGGGAGAAAAUUUAAAAAAAAAAUGAAAAGAUCACUGUAAAGAAAACCACACUUUGGUACAAACGGGGGAAAAAAAGCUAUAACCUCGGACACAUGAUGUUGGGACACAUCACAAAAAGAACCUAAUUUUUGCACUCUUCCUGACAAAAAUGCUUACUGUCACCAUUAAAAUAACCGUUCGGCCCCUCCCCUCUUACAAUGUUAUUUGCGGUAACAUCAGAAAAGUAUUAACUCUAAUUUACAACUGAUUUUACCGUUAAUUUACUGUACAAUUGCUGG